AUGCGACUGCCAGUGAAACACUACACGAUCGAGUCACCACUAGUUCCUGUGAUCAAUGGAGAGCCAUGGAGCCAUUACGAGUUCCGGUACCGCGUAAAGUACGGUACCUCAUUCGGGGUGAUCACGAGUCGGGACACUUCAUGCCGCCAGUUCCUCAUGCGUACUAUCAGCGGUCCCGACACCGACGAGAAGAUACAACGCGUGCGGCAGCUCUGCCAUGAUAACAUCGUCAAAGGCAUCGAGAUCUACACUUUUGAACCUGAGAGCUACAUUCUCGUCUCUGAGUUCAUGCCGACGACCAUCCAGCACGUUUGCCGCUCGCCGAAAUAUCCUAACGAGUUGCAACUUAGCUCGAUACUGUUCCAGGUUCUUCAAGGGCUGCAAUUCCUGCUACGAUCCGAGCUGUUCUACGAACAACUCACUUGCGCAAAUCUGCUGAUCAGUCUCUCUGGAGAUGUAAAGAUCUGCGAGGUGGACAGCUGUUCGCGGUCAGGCAGUUUUGCCGCAGUUUCCAGGUCUUUCAGUAAAGUGGUCAUGAAGCUGAUGGAUAAGGAAAAGAAUUCGGAGGCAGUAAUCGGGCUUACACGCCCUGGCGACUGGUCUUCGGAUGCACUGAGCUUCUUCAGCUCGACAACAACAACGAGUUCUGAUUUCGGGGACCUCUUGCAGCAUCCAUUUUUGCAAAAGAGGAAGAAAGAAGAACUCACUUGGCUUGUUCACUACGUGCUCAUUACGGCACACCACAGCCGGGCUUGACAUAUAGGGUUGUUUCCAAAUAUAGAUCAUAGGCAGGAGUGUUGGUAGCCCAAAUAUAAAGUGCCAGGCUGAACCCUUCAGGCACGACUCCAUCC